CAAAAUAGAAGUUUCCACUUGGCUGUUUGACAGUGAAUCAGUAUGACAAUGUUGUUUGUAAUAACGAAAUAAAAAAUGGAAGAUGUUUAGCGUAAUAUGUCGUAAUCUAAUUAUGUGGCAUGAGUUCUUCCGCUGUUCUGGUGUCCCUAUGCGUUAUUCGCAUCGAAAUUUGUGAUCCAGAAUUAGAAGAGACUGCCAGUACCAUGGCUGCAAGAAAGAUGAGAGGUCGUAGAGAACCAAGAGAUAUUAAUGUAGAAACUUAUACAAAUGUGACAGAAAACACAUCACCGUUGUUAUCAAGUCAAAGCACAAGCAAAUCGCAUUCUUCAUCAAGAGCUAAUUCUGAAGAGACAGCAUUCUCAAAUUCUAACCAUGUCACAAGUUCUGGUUCAGAAACUGGUGCUACUGCUUGUACCUCGCCUGAUCAAAUAAGUUUUAUUUCUGGAAAUCCCUUUGUCGAAAUUACAAAAGGCAUUCUUCAUCUCUUCAAGGAAGAUGAAUUGACGGAAAUGCGUAGUGCUGCAGACCGCAGUCACACUAUCUGUAUCUUGUCAGUGCCAGCAACAAUGACUUGCCAUGAUCUUUUAACUUUCACGGCAGCUUGUCAUCAGGAUAUACAACAUUUCAGAAUCCUUAGAGAUGGUAGUCCUAAUCAGUACAUGGCUUUAAUCACCUUUAGAUCAUCAAAUGCAGCAAGCGAGUUCUAUGAGACUUUCAAUGGUGCUCCCUACAAUUCUUUAGAACCAGAUGUAGUUUGUCACAUGGUAUUUGUAUCCAAAGUAGAAGUAGGAGACAAUGGAAUGCCCUUGAGUGGACAUACAGAGUUGCCGUCGUGUCCAGUUUGUCUGGAAAGGAUGGAUGAGAGUGUGGACGGGAUUUUGACGAUACUGUGUAAUCAUACUUUUCAUUCAAGUUGUCUUGUAAAGUGGGGUGACACAUCUUGCCCAAUCUGUCGAUAUGCCCAAACACCAGAGCCAUUAGCCGACAGCCGUUGCAUGGAAUGUGUUGCGGAUACUAGCAAUGAUGCAUUGUGGAUAUGUCUGAUCUGCGGCCACGUAGGCUGCUCGCGUUAUCACCAGGGUCACGCGUUUGAGCAUUAUCGGGAUACGCACCAUUGUUAUGCGAUGCAGUUGGGUAACAAUCGCGUCUGGGAUUACGUAGGCGAUAAUUUCGUGCAUCGAUUGCUGCAGGACAAAGACGGUAAAAUGGUAGAAGGCGGUCACACCACAACUAAAGGCGAGGGUGCGGCUGUAGAAGAGAAAGUCGACUCCGUGCAAUUGGAAUUUACGUAUUUAUUAACAUCUCAGUUAGAAACGCAACGAGAAUACUUUGAAGAGAAGCUUAAUCGCUUGGAGCAACGUUCUAUGGCAGACAUCACCGAAUUAAGGGAUAAGUUGGGAGAAGUUCUUGAGGAAAAUUCACAAUUCAAGAAACAAUUUACAACACUCAGUCGCGACAAGCAGACGCUGGAAAAGCGUUUGCAGCAUUCUACCAACAAGUUGACGCAACUACAAGCGGAUUUAACAGAGGAGAAAGAUCUGCGAAAGGCUCUGCAACUCAACCAAACAUCCUGGCAAGCAAAAUACAAGAAAUUGCAAGACGAAUUGUCCGAAUUAAAAACUACCAAAGAAACAGAAAUUACUGAUUUGAAAGAACAAAUUCGGGAUCUCAUGUUUUUUCUUGACGCACAAAAACAAAUUGAGGAAUCCGUCGAUCGAGAAGAAAUCGCCUCUGGUCGUAUUGUCAUUCCCCCGCCGAGUCCCAAAGCCGGAAAAUCAUCAGGAUCUCGAGUGCAUAAGGGUCACAAGAAACAUUAACAUCGAGAAGCGCUCUUCUCCUGUUUUGUUUUUCCCUUCCCGUUAUAUUUUUCAAUACACUACACUCACUGCCGAAACAAAAUUAAUCAAAGUUGAUCGAAUUCGGUGAUACAAAUUAAGCGGAGAGGAAAAAUGACACUAAUCUACUUGCGUCAUUAAAUAAAAGGUA